AUGUCAGACCUGGACAUACAGAUAAAGCAGCUGAAGAGGUGCGAGCCAUUGAAGGAAUCAGAAGUCAAGGCUCUUUGUAUCAAGGCCAUGGAAAUUCUUGUUGAAGAGAGCAACGUUCAAAGGGUUGACGCACCAGUUACUGUUUAUGGAUUCUAUGAUGAGUGCCUACGGAAGUAUGGUUCUGUGAAUGUCUGGAGAUACUGCACAGAUAUAUUUGAUUACUUAAGUUUGUUGGCUCUCAUUGAAAACAAGAUAUUUUCUGUUCAUGGUGGUCUCUCUCCUGCCAUUUCCACAUUGGACCAGAUCCGAACAAUUGAUCGGAAGCAAGAAGUACCCCAUGAUGGUGCCAUGUGUGACCUCUUGUGGUCAGAUCCAGAAUAUAUUGUUGAUGGCUGGGGGUUGAGUCCUCGUGGUGCUGGUUUCCUAUUUGGUGGCAGUGUUGUCACAUCUUUUAACCACUCAAAUAACAUUGACUAUAUAUGUCGUGUCCAUCAGUUGGUGAUGGAAGGAUAUAAAUGGAUGUUCAACAACCAAAUAGUUACUGUUUGGUCGGCUCCAAAUUAUUGUUACAGAUGUGGGAAUGUAGCGGCAAUUCUUGAGUUGGAUGAGAAUCUUCAUCAGCAAUUUCGUGUAUUUGAAGCGGCUCCACAGGAAUCAAGAGGGGCCCCUGCCAAAAAACCGCCACCAGAUUACUUUUUAUGA